CGGAAAAGAGCCGUCGCUGUGUGGGACAUGAGAUAUGAAUGUGACGCUGUGUGAGGGGAUACGAAACCUACCUAACUCGAGGUUAUGGAUAUCAGAUAGACACGUUCUUUCCCACUUAAUGGCCUGAGAUUGGUGUGGAGAUGGAGAAAAACAACACCAUUCCCUUUGGGCUGGAUAGCAUAGACGAGUUCCUCAAAGAUCGGGACUCCAACUCAGUCUGGCUGUUAGUGGCUACCAUCUUGUCCUGCGGAUGGAUCAUCUACCUGACCUACUACAACUCCCGCAACAUCGGCCUCAUCCUCACACUCAUCAUUAACAAGCUGUACAAAAAGGGACAUAUCCACAUCGGCUCAUUUUCUUUUUCUGUGCUGUCGGGGAAGGUCAUGUUCAGAGAUGUUUACUACAUUGAUGAAGACAUGUCUAUUAGAAUACAAGAUGGCUUCCUCAUAUUCCGCUGGUGGAAAAUGUACAACCCCAAGCAAAAACAACAUGACCCCAAGGCGGAGACGCGUCUCUACGUGACGGUGAACGGCGUCGAGUUCCACAUGUACAACCGAUCGGCCCUGUAUGACCAGCUACAGAAGACUUUUGGCCUGGAGCCCACUCUCAUCCCCCCCAACAGAGAUGAGGAGAAGGGCAGAGAGGAGGAGGACAAGCCUCUGGACAGUGUCAAUAUCCAAGCUGAAGCGCAGGACCCUUCAUCAUCCUGGAGGUCUCUCAUCCCUGUGGUCAAACUCAACAUCAGCACAGGUCGCGUUGCGUUUGGGAACCACCACCUGCCCCAGACCCUGUGUGUGAACUUCGACGACGCCUUCCUCACGUACACCACCAAGCCUCCCAGCAGCCACCUGGACCAGUUCAUGCACAUCCUCAAAGGCUCCCUGGAGAACGUGCGUGUCAUGCUGGUGCCUAGCCCACGCUACCUGGGCCUGCAGAACGACGAGCCACCGCGACUCAUGGGAGAAGGCUUUGUAGUGUUGCAGUCUAACGAUGUGGACAUCUAUUACUACCAGGAUGAACCAGGGUUGGUUCCUGAGGAGCAGGACUCAGACGUCUGUUCUGAGGGAACCCAGCUUCAGGACCUUCCUCCCUGCUGGGGUCUGGACAUCGUCUGCGGGAAAGGAACAGACUUCAACUACGGACCAUGGGCUGACAGGCAGAGGGACUCGUUGUGGAAGUUCUUCCUGCCAGCUGACUUCCAGUCAAUGAAAGUGAGCGAGGUGGCCACGCCGGGGAAGCCACGGCAGAUCCUCGCCUUUGAGCUGCGCAUGAACAUCAUCGCAGACGCCACCAUCGACCUGCUCUACACCAAAAACAGGGAGACAAAUGCUAUCCAUGUGAAUGUGGGAGCUGGCUCAUACCUGGAAGUGAACAUCCCCUUGACUGUUGGAGACGAUGGUUACUCCUCCAUCAUUAAAGGGCAGCUGCUUCACGUGGACACCACCAGCAGUAUGCAAUACAGAACCCUGCUGGAGGCCGAGAUACUCCUGUUUAAUGUGAAGGCCAGUUACCCGCGCGUGUGGAACAUGCCGCAGUCCUGGCAGUGCGAGAUUGAGGUCUAUAAAGCCACCUACCACUUCAUCUGGGCACAGAAAAACUUCUUCUCGGAUCUUAUCCAGGAUUGGGCUAGUGACAGCGAGCCUGAUAUCUACUCGUUCGUUCCGUACUCCUGGACGUUCAAGGUCCUCUUCCACCAGUUUGAGAUGAUCUGGGCGGCCAAUCAGCACAACUGGAUCGACUGUUCCACCAAACAGCAGGAAAAUGUCUAUCUGGCUGCAUGUGGAGAAACUCUGACUAUUGACUUCACUCUCCCCUUCAAUGAGUUUGUCCCCACCACAUGCAACACCUGCUUCCGCCUUAAGUCGGAGGACACAGACAUGCGUCUGUGUCUGCCGGACUGCCACCCCAGCCGCUACUCCCUGCUCACACUGGCCAACGACUACCAGGCCACGCGCACCCCCGACAACUCCAUGCCCCCGGAGGGACACCAGGGGGUGCCACCCAAAACCAGCAAAGCCCGCUGGAGGAACAUCACGCUGCCUGAGGCUGGCUGGGUAGACUGCUGGAGCGUACCCAACUUCCUGCUCAUCAUCGACUACACCUGGCAUCCCAUUUACCCUCAGAAAGCCGACCAGCAGCUCAAGCAGUCUCUGUCGGAGAUGGAGGAGUCCAUGCUCUCAGCUCUGAGGCCCCCAGAGCAGGUCCCUCCCGCGCCCCCUCCGCCACGCAUGACCUCCGACCCCAGUGAGCUGCCUCCUGAUAAGCUGCAUGUGGAGAUGGAGCUGAGUCCUGAGUCACACCUCACCCUCUACGGCCCCCUGCUGCGGGCGCUCAUCUCUAUAAAGGAGAACUACUUUGGCGAGGACGACAUGUACACCGAUUUCGAGGAGUGUGUGUCCAGCCCGGUGCUGAGCUCGUGCUCGUCGUCGCUGGGCUGGACGGGGGCCGUGGAGGAGAAGGAGACGCCCCACCCGCUCUCCCUCAGACCCUGGGACAUCACCGUGCUCAUCAACCUGCACAGGGUGCACGGACGCCUGCCCAUACACUGCAGCAAUGAUGGCCCUGAGGGUCCAGCUGGCUUUAUGGAGCGCCUCUGCUUUGAGAUGAAGAAGUCCUACAAAGAGACUCUGCUGCAGCUGGUCCUCUCCCCUCUGCAUGUUUUUGUCAGUGACAACUACCAGCGCCCCUCUGUGGACGGCGUGCUGCGUGACGGGCACCUGAGUCUGUCGGGCCUGCAGAUGCGCGCCCACGCCAUGUUCUCCGCCGAAGGUCUGCCCGCGGGCAGCGACACACUGGAGUACGCCUGGCUCAUCGACAUGCAGGCCGGAGCCCUCACCGGGAGAGUCACCGUGCCACAGUGUGCCUCUCUACUGGAAUGGGGUGAGGCGUUUGUGUUCCAUGUGAUGUCACGGGAGUUCCAGCUGGAGCAGCCAAAGCCCUCGGUCACCUGCCAACACGGAGUGGACCGCCGAGUGUGUGAUGCCAAGUCAACAACCCUGCCUGGUCCAUGUCGAACAUCUGAGGACCUGAAGUACACCAUGACCCGCCUGUCUAUGGACGGUGUGCAGCUCUUCAUCGUGGAGCAUGGCUGUGCUGCCAACAUAAAGACGGGCGCGGUGCGCGUGGCCACCUGUAACCUGCACACGGCCACGGUGGGCGAGGGCAUCAGCGCGGCGCUGCACGAGGUGCUCAUCAGCCAGUUCAUCGAGCAGCAGGAGGGGGCGCGCCUGGGCCUGCCCCCGCCUCUUCUGCGCCGCUCCCAUUGGCUGGAGGCCGGCUCCGUGACCUUUAACCUGGUGACGGCCGACAUCGCGCUGGCUGCUGACCACCCUGCCAAGUACGAGGUGCAGAGGAGGUUCCUGGAGCUGCACGACGCGUACACCAAGAGGCUCUACUUCCUGUGGCCUGAUGAGAAGUUCAAGCGCAACAGGACGCGCUGUGGCUGUCUGGGCGGCUGCCGCUUCUUCGCCGGCUCCUCGGGCGGAGUGGACUUCUUCCGUCUCGAGGAGAUGACCCCCUCCUCCAGCUCCGCCUUCUCCUGCACUAGCGCCGAGAGUGACAUGUGCUACGGCCAAUCACUGCUGCACCCUGGAGAGCUGAUUGUCACAAAAGAGACUCCCAAGCUUUCAGAUGGUAAGAGUAUUGGUAUCCAUAGAGACAACUGUUCUCCGGCCCCAUUGGUGAACGGCGAGAGGCAGAGCCAGCAGCACCUGAGCCUGCAGGUGCCCCAGCGUUCUCACAGCUCCGCCUCCUCCUCAGAGGAAAACUCCUCCUCCAGUGCUGCUCUGCCCCUAUUGGCUGGAGAAAGAGAUAGCCCCACCCCCAGUACUGAGAUCAUGGGGUCCCCCCCCGAGCCCCCGGGCACCGACGGCCCCCCUCUCCGCUCGCCUCUCCGCUCGCCGCUCACGCGCCAGUCCUCCGUCCAGUCGGCGCGCCUGGGCAGCACCAAGAGCCUGUCGGCGGCCGUGUUCGCCGAGAAGGCGGCGGCGCCGUCGGGCGUCCAGUUCAGCAGCGAGGUGUCGCGCAGCGACGAGAACGUGCUGGACUCGCCGCGCCAGCGCCGCAGCUACGGCUCCUUCCCGUUCACGCCGUCGGCCGACUCCAGCACCUUCCACCAGUACCGCUCGGUGGACUCGUCCAUGUCGGUGGCCGACAGCGAGGCCUACUUCUCGGCCAACGAGGAGUUCGAGCCCAUCAGCAGCGACGAGGGGCCCGGCACGUACCCGGGCCGCAAGCGGCGCCGGCGCCAGCAGCAGCAGUGCCCGCCGCCGUGCAUGUCCGAGGUCCAGAGCCGCACGUCCAUCUACCACAGCGUGGAGGGCCCGCUGUCGGUGGCCUCGGAGCCGCGCCCGCUGCCGCUGCCCAGCCACACCUCGCAGGCCUCCUUCGUCUCGGCUCUCGGGCUCGAGGAGGAGGUGGUCUCCGUGGAGACGGAGCGCGGCGACCAGGGCCUGCUCACCACCCAGCCCCACCUGAUGGCGUGCUACCAGAGCUACCUGGCGCACUACCACGUCGCCAACUGGUCCGUCAAGCAGCCGACCAACAAGAGGACCUCGAAGUCGUCGCUGCACCGCCCCUUGGAUCUGGACACUCCCACCAGCGAGGAGAGCUCGGCCUCUUUUGAUCAGCUGUCCAUACCCUCCUUCAAGAUGGUGAAAGCUGGUCUCUCUGCCAGUUCAUUAUUGGACAGAGGAGUGCAGCUGAUGGGAGACGCCUGCAGUACCCCUUACACACCUCUGGACAAGCGGGCGAUGGACAACACAGACGAGGAGACCACAACAGAGGACUGGACGGUGGACCAGCCCCUGGCCCAGACCAGGACCACCGCCAUCGUGGAGGUCAAGGGAGCCGUUAAUGUGGUCCUCACCCCUCUGGUGGCAGAUGCGCUGGACAGGUAUAUUGAGUCCAUGGUGCACUAUACAAGUAUUCGCCACCCUGCCUCCAUUCUGGAUGACCUUCACGGCAGGGUGCUGAACGAGGCUUACCAGAUCAGCAAGUCUACUGUUGCAGACACUACUCAGCAGAAACCUGAGCACAAGCUGUCAAAGACUGAGACUCCAGCCUCAAUGACUACUACCCACGGCCAGACAGACCUGUCAGUCAAACCAGACAAUGUGAAAAUCAAGGGCCUUCAAGCCAAUGUCACUGUUCCCAAGGUGAAUCUGUGUGUGCUUCAGGCGUCUGUAGAGGAGGGCUCCCCCACUAAUAAGAACUUUACGCACGUGUCUCUGGUGGCCCUCUGCUUCGACAGAAUCGGAACUCAAUUCCGCAUGAACAGGGGUAUCGUGGAGGACACAGAAAAGACGUUGGUGAUGAUGGAGAAGUUCUCCUCCAAGAUGGCGCCCCAGUCGAGCGGCUCCUUGCGCUCCAACGCUGGUGUGGAAAAGGGCAAAGAGAUCGCAGCUCGCCUCAACGUCCACAGGAUACACGGCCAGCUGCGUGGCCUGAACUCGUCAGAUCUAGGAGCCUGUGCCAUCACUGCCAUUCCGUUUGAGAAGUCCAAAGUGCUGUUCAGCCUGGAGGAGACGGACGACUUCGCCCUGGUGGACGAGACCGAGCCGCCCAUCACCACGGAGCACGUGACUGACCAGACCCCCGAGCACGCGCGCGCCGGCGCCCAGGAGAAGUGGGGCUGGAUCAUGUUCGAGUGCGGCAUCGAGAACCUCACCGUCAAGGGUGGUCGCCAGUCUGGUGCCAUCCUCUACAGUGCGUUCGGGGUGAUGGGUGGGAAUGACGGCUGUGUGAAGGGCGGCGCCUCCAAGUCCAACGGCUCCAGCGGCUCCCAGACGGGCAGCGGCUACAGCACAGACGUCUCCGACGACAACCUGCCCAACGACGCCCAGAGCCCCUCAGAGCCCAACAUCAACUCCGACUCAGACGAGCAGGAUGAAGGGGUGGAGUCUGAUGACCUGAAGAAGGACCUCCCCCUGUUGCCCCCGCCCCCCGACUCCAGCAGCAUGAAGCUGACCAUCAAAGAGAUCUGGUUUAGCUUCGCUGCCCCCACCAACGUACACUCUCCAGCACAAGCCAGGCAGCUGAAUCUCCUGAGCACAGCGACUCCAGCGGUCGGGGCCUGGCUGGUUCCUAUUGACCAGCUCAAGUCCUCCCUGCAGAAGCUGGAGAUGGAGACCACCCUCCGUGUGUGUGCCGUCAUGGGCUGCAUCAUGACUGAGGCUCUGGAGAAAAAGAGCAUCCACAUCCCGUUCCGCAGCAAGUAUAACCGCGUGACUAAGCGCUCUCGGUUCUUGCAUGAGGAUCCGUCCUGUCUGCUGUGCAACAUCCUGCACAGAUACCUGCAGCAGGCCGACUACUCCAUCAUAGAGGACGCCACCAUGAAUGAUGGUCUGCCGGCUCUGGUGACCCUGAAGAAAGGUUUGGUGGCGCUGGCACGUCAGUGGAUGAAGUUCAUUGUGGUGACGCAGGGCUUCAAGGCGAUUGGUCCCAUUCGACCCAAUCAGUUGCCAAAGCCCAAGGAGCCCGCCCCUUUCCCCCCAGAGCCCACCCUUGGGCCCGACUGCACCAACAUCCAGAGCGACACCAGUGCGGAUGGCGCCGAGUUUGAGUUUGACGCAGGCGCUGUGAGUGAGCACACAAUGCUGUUGGAAGGUGUGUGUAGUCGUCCAGCCCAGACAGGCAACUCAGCACCUGUGAGCGGCGUGGAGAUCAUGAGGAAACUCUCCAAAUCCCACACACACAGCGAGUCAGCGCUCAGGAUUAAGGGCUCACACCCGUACCAGUCUCUGAGCUACACCAGCGGUGACACGGCCGCUGACUCUCCCGCCCACGUCAGCCGGACAGGCCUGCCGUCCAAUCACAGCCCUCGGAAGGAGUCUCUGCUCAGCUACCUGACGGGAAGCUUCCCCAGUCUGCACAACCUGCUGGAGGCCACGCCCCCACGCGUCAGCGAGGCCACCGCCGCCAAGAGCACCUCGCUCACGCGCACCGGUAACAGUGUGGGGGCCGAUGUGUUGACAGAGCACCCUCUGCUGUCGGAGCCGUCUCCGGUCAGCUUCUACAACUGGAUGUCCAACGCCGUGAGCAACCGCACCGGGGGCAACGUCCAGGAGUCUCCCCUCAACCGCUCCCAGCACAACAGCCUGCAGACAGGAGGAGUUCUCCCCACCAUCCCGUCAGCAUCAGACUUCAACACUGUUUUGUCCAGUGACCAGAACACACUGGACACCCACUCCCAGCACACGCACACACACUCCCAGCACAGCACCAGCCAGGAGGACCUGCUGGAGGUGGACGAGAUCAACCAGUGUCCCGCUGCUGUGCAGCUCGCUGAUGCACAAGUUGUGUUUAAGCCACUGCUGAGCCACACAGGCAUCCAGCCGCAGGACGCUCCUCCCUUCAGCUACAAGAUGUACUUUGGGGAGCACCUGUCCUUCAGCGGCACCCUGGAGUGCCUCAGGGCCGACAUCGUGGACUCGGACACCAGCAAAGACCGCAAGAACAAACGCGCUCGCAGGCAGGGCAUGGUGAACCUGCCCCCGCUGGAGUUCAAGCCGGCGCUGAUGAUCGAGACGUUCAGCCUGAACGCCGUGGUGCUGGAGAAGUGCAUGUCGUCGGCGGCGCCCGCCGGCCUCUCGUCCUUCCACGAGCUCAGCCGCCGGCCGCACGCCAGCGUCCACUGCCACUUCACGCUGGCGUGCCAGGCCAUCCGGCAGCACGUGGACAUGGCGCUGGUGCGGCUGGUGCACCAGUUCAGCACCAUGAUCGACCAGAUCAAGGCCACGCAGACGGACAUCAAGCUGAGCCGCUACACGGCCGGCUCGGCCUCGCCCACGCCCACCUUCAAGGCGCGGCCGUACCGCCAGUUCCGCUCGUCCGACUUCAGCCGCAGCAGCCGCGGGAGCCUCAACGGCACCGUGCAGCGGCACGGCGGGCAGAAGGGCAAGCGCUCGGGCGGCGGCGGCGGUGCCAGCGGGGCGGGCGCGGGCGUCGGGGGGCCCGUCGCCGGAGGGGCGGGCAUGGGCGGAGGAGGGGUGAGCUCCAGCUCGGGCAUCCCGGGGCUGGACACGCUGCCGCGGCGGGAGCCCCGGAGCGGGCGGAACACGCUGGGGCGCUCGGAGCGCCGCACGUCCAAGGUGUCGCGGAAGGGCUCGCGCGACGUGGCCGACCACAUGACCAUCCAGAUGGACGACUCGGACUCCAUCACCGUGUCGGAGCAGAGCGAGCCGUCGGCCGAGUGCUGGCAGAACAUGUACAAGCUGCUCAACUUCUACUCGCUCAUCUCAGACCCCACCGGCAUCCUGGACAAGGAGUCCCCCGAGAACGGCCUCUCAGAGGGUGGACGAAGCCCCACGGAUCCUCCGUGCCGAUUGGUGAUCGAGUCGGAGGGCGAGUCCCCACCCAGUCGGCCGGGUCGCAGGCGGAGCCUGGGCGGCAGCGAGCCGCAGCACGUGACCCUGAUCGUGUUUGGCGUGGGCAUGGUGAACCGCACGCACCUGGAGGCCGACAUCGGCGGCCUCACCAUGGAGGCGGAGCUCAAGAAGAUCCACGGCAGCUUCACCCUCAAGGAGAAGAUGAAAGAUAUCCUGCACCAGAAGAUGACGGAGACCUGUGCAUCAUCUCACAUCGGCGGCGUGAACAUCGUCCUGCUCGAGGGCAUCACUCCAGACAUCCAAUUGGAGGACUUCCCCACCUCUCCUACCAGCACAGCCAAGCAGGAGUUUUUGACGGUGGUGAAGUGCAACAUCGCCAAGUCCCAGGCGCUGUACAGCGCGCAGCGCGGCCUGAAGACCAACAACGCGGCGGUGUGCAAGGUGGGCGCCAUCCUCAUCAACAUCCCCCAGCACCCGGCCACGCUGCACAGCAUGAUGGUGCGCAUCUCCCACCAGCUCUCCAAGCAGAUCUCCGACCUCAUCCGACAGCCCUCCACCACCCCGCCCCCGAACCGAGACGACACUCCGACCCCGCAGCCGUCGGACAAGGCGUCGAGUAUCAACCAGACGCCGGUGGAGGCCAACGAGUUCCCGCAGCUGCCCGAGGGCCUGGAGAAGAAGCCCAUCGUGCUCAAGUUCAGCGCCAUGCUGGACGGCAUCACCAUCGGCGCCGCGCUGCUGCCCUCGCUCAAGGCCGAGUACAAGAUGGGCCGCAUGAAGAGCCACGGCAUGACCGGUGCCCAGACCAGGUUCACGUUCGAGCUGCCCAACCACAAGCUUUGCUUCCAGUCCAAAGUGGCGCCGGUGGACGUGUCCGCCAUGCCGCCCUCUGCCAGCCUGACGCUGCCGCCAGUCACCAUGUCUGGCGAGUACAUCAUCCAGGAGCACGAGGGCCACACCGAGCACAUCUGGGCCCCCGAGGAGAUGCCCACCAAGCACGGCAACUACCUGCAAGGCAACUACCUGCGCUGCGUCGCCGAGAUUGGCUCCUUCGAACACAACCUGACCACAGACCUGCUGAAUCACCUGGUCUUCCUGCAGAGGGUCUUCAUGAAGGAGGUCAACGAGGUCAUCCAGAAAGUCUCAGGAGGGGAACAGCCAAUCCCACUGUGGAAUGAACAUGAUGUGUCCACGGAUGGAGAUAAGCCCAAAAUCUUGCUCUACUCUGUCAACCUAAUGUUCAAGGGGAUCCAGGUGACUGCCACCACCCCCUCCAUGCGUGCGGUGCGCUUCGAGACGGGCUUGAUUGAGCUGGAGCUGUCCAAUCGGAUUCAGUGCAAGUCCACUCCCACAGGAAGCAGCUACCUGAAGCUGUUUGGAAAAUGCCAGGUGGAUCUGAACCUCGCUCUAGGACAGAUCGUCAAGCACCAGGUGUAUGAAGAGGCGGGCUCCGACUUCCACCAGGUGGCGUAUUUCCGCACUCGGAUUGGCUUGCGGAACGCCCUGCAGGAGGAGAUCAGUGGCUGCUCAGACAAAGAGGCGGUGCUCAUCACACUAAACCGACCAAUCAUCUUUGCCCAACCUGUGGCUUUUGAUAGAGCUGUGCUGUUCUGGCUGAACUACAAGGCGGCGUAUGAUAACUGGAAGUCUGAGAGUCUGAAGCUGCACUCGGACAUCCAUGUGGCCACUAAAGAGCUAGUGGACAAGCUGCCGGCCAUCCAGCAGACCAGUGCCCAGGCCUUCAGCACCCUCUUCCUGCAGCUCACCGUCAACGACCUGGGCAUCUGUCUACCCAUCACCAGUAGCACACCGGCUAAUCACAGUAUUGAUUUUGACACCGGCUCAGCCCUGGUGUUGACCAUUGAGAGCACACUGAUCACCGCCUGCUCGUCCGAGUCACUGGUGAGCAAAGGCCACUUCAAGAACUUCUGCAUCCGAUUCGCCGAGGGGUUCGAGACCUCCUGGGACGACUGGAAACCAGAACUGCGUGGUGACAUGGUGAUGAAUGCCUGUGUUGUUCCUGAUGGCACAUAUGAGGUCUGCUCCAAGACCACAGGAGCGCCAGCUGCAGACAGCAACAGUGCAGGGAAGUGGACUCUGAACGUCCUGUGGAAGAUGUGCGGUAUCGACGUGCACAUGGACCCCAACAUUGGCAAGCGCCUCAACGCUCUGGGCAUCACGCUCACCUCGCUGACUGGUGAGGAGGACCCGGACGACAUCGCCGACCUCAACUCCGUCAACAUGGCCGACCUGUCUGACGAGGACGAGAGCGACGGGAUGUCCCCCACCGUGCACAUGCGUGAGGGCAGCUUCAGUCCGAGGGUGUCCUUCCGGAAGCGCAUGAUGGAGAGACUCCUGGGCCUGAGCCCCACCCAACCCCCCCGCUCUGCGCCGCCCGAAUUUAUUAACUGUCCACAGAUACCCCUUAUCGCCCAGCCGGUGGUCACUGCACGAGCACGCUCGACCGAGAGCCUCCGGCCCCUCUCCUGGGGUGGUGAGCCCAUUGACCCAAGAAGGCAGGUGAUUAUGGGUAAUCAGAUCAUGGACCCUCGAGGGAGGAAGUUCACAAAGAGGCUGGUGGACAUCAGGGAGCUCAACGAACAAGCCAAGGUCAUCGAUGACCUCAAGAAACUGGGGGCAAGUGAGGGAACCAUAAACCAGGAGAUCCAGAGGUACCAGCAACUGGAGUCGGUGGCGGUCAACGACAUCCGUCGGGACGUACGCAAGAAGCUGAGGCGCUCCAGCAUGAGGGCUGCGUCCCUGAAGGAUAAGUGGGGCCUGGGCUACAAACCCAGCUACAACAGGUCCAAGAGCAUCUCCGCAGCAGGCCAGCGGCCCGCUUUGAAGAGGAUGGAGAGACAGAGCUCCAGACUGGGAGAAAUGGAUGACUUGCCUGAUAUUCGAGUCGAUGCAGCGUCGCCUGGGCCACGCGUUACAUUUAAUAUUGACACGAUGGGAGGUGUAGCUUUGGACACCCCAAUUCCUCAGAGUCAAGCUGACUUAAUCUUCAAGUUCCCGGAGGAGACAGAGGUGGACCUGUUGUCCGCUGCCAUCGACGACUCGCCCCAUCCUUUCCCAUCAUGCUCAGUGUUCAGUGCUCCAGGCACGCCCGCCGCCUUCUCACCCAGCCUUCCCUUCCAGCACGACGACAGUCGCCGCGACGACCUCUCCUCCUCUUCCUCAGAGGACUCCGACAAGGAGGAGCAGGAGUUCAUCCGUGAGAGGCCCAUAAGCUACUACUCACGACCCAGUACAUCCCACAGGAAGGCGUCUGGCUUCGCCGCUCUGUUCGGCGCGGCCACGCCCUCCUCCACGCCCCAGCGCGGCAUCACGGCGCCGGCCACCGAGCGCAACAUCGACUUCGAGCUGGACGUGCGCGUGGAGAUCGACAGCGGCAAGUGCGUGCUGCACCCCACCACCCAGCAGCCGGAGCACGACGAGAUCGCCCUGCGAAGGAGUUGUGAGCGCAGCUCGCGCUCUCUGGACCAGGAGUCCCCCCCUAAGCGGCGCAAGCUGCAGCCCAGCUUCACCUCCACGUCCCAGCUGCUGAACAAGCGCAUGCCCUCCUCGCUGCAGAGCAAGUCCUCCGACAUGGAGACCACCGUCUUCUACAUCCCCGGCGUCGACGUCAAGCUCCACUAUAACUCCAAGACGCUGAAGACGGAGUCGCCCAACGCCUCUCGUGGAUCCUCGCUGCCCCGGACCCUCUCCAAAGAGUCCAAGCUGUUUGGUAUGAGAGAGCUGCCUAGAGAACCCCCCGGCCCCCCCUCCGCUGCCCCUGGCAGGACUAACACUCUCCACCCUCCCCCUCCCCCUCCUCUACCCUCAGGCAACACUAAAGGCAAAGCCAGUGGGGUGAAGGCGGCGAAGCUAUAUGCAUGGGUGGCCCUGCAGACCCUCCCGGAGGAAAUGGUCAUCAGCCCCUGUCUGCUAGACUUCCUGGAGAAAGCUCUAGAAACCAUCCCCAUCACUCCCGUUGACAGGAACUGCACAGCUGUGAGUGCUCCAGAAGAAGACGUGGGCCAGUUUGACUCGGUGGAUCCUCUGGAGGAGUCCCAGGUGUCUCUGGUCUCCUCUGCCACCUCCCCGUACUCCUCCUUCCCAGUGGAUGUGGUCGUUUACGUCAGAGUGCAGCCCUCACAAAUCAGGUUCAGCUGUCUGCCCAUGUCUCGAGUGGAGUGCAUGCUGAAGCUUCCGUCUCUGGACCUGGUGUUCUCGUCCAACCGCGGCGAGCUGGAGCCGCCCAGCACCGCUCACCCCAGCGAGCCCCAGCACACGCCCUCCUCCACGCCCCCGUCUGUCCACAACGCCAACAGGGUGCCAGGGGGCAAAGCACCACCACCGCCUGGCGCGUCACCAUCCCUGGGUAGUCCCCUGGGGCGGAGCCGACACAGCAGCAGCCAAUCAGAUCUCACGGGUCCGCCCACCAACUCCUCGGGGCUCAGUUUCACGGCGUGCAUGUCUGACUUCUCCCUCUACGUGUUCCACCCUUACGGAGCCGGGAAGCAGAAGUCCGCCGUCACAGGGAUGCCCCCAGGGCCCAGUCCGCUGGGGGCAGUUGACGAAGAGGCCUCCUCAGUGACUGGGAGGAAGGAUUCCCUGUCAAUCAAUCUGGAAUUUGUGAAGGUCAGCCUAUCACGAAUGAGGCGUGCAGGAUCUCCCGCCUUUGAAACUUUCAUCAACAGCAAAGGUGGCAAAUUGGACACCACCCUCAUCAACAUCUCAGCGGUGUGUGACAUCGGCUCUGCAUCAUUUAAGUAUGACAUGCGGCGUCUGAGUGAGAUCCUUGCCUUUCCGAGAGCCUGGUACCGCCGAAGCAUCGCUCGACGAUUGUUUUUAGGAGAUCAAACUAUCAACGUACCGCCCUCGGGUCCAGCCACCCCUGACUCGGUGGAGAGCAUGGCCCAGCACCUGUCCCCUGAGUCCAGCAGGAAGGCCUACUGGAGGACAUGGGACGGCCAGAACACACACACCAACGUGUUCAACGACUCCACGCCCUCACACACACACCUCAAGUCCCCCGCCACGGGCCGCACGCGCAGCGUUUCUGACUCCUCAGCACCACGCAGAGACUCUGUGAGUAAAACGUCCACCCCCUCGUUCCGGAACGCUAAGGCUGCAGGGCAGCAGGGCUCUCCCUGGGAGACGCUGGUGGUGUUCGCCAUCAACCUGAAACAGCUCAACGUCCAGAUGAACAUGAGCAACGUCAUGGGCAACAACACCUGGACGACGAGCGGUCUGAAGAGCCAGGGCCGUCUGUCAGUGGGCAGCAACCGGGACCGGGAGAUCAGCAUGUCCGUGGGACUCGGCCGCUCCAAACUGGACUCCAAGGGCGGAGUGGUGGGUGGGAACAUAGACGUCAACACCCUGGAGAUGGUCUCCCACAUCUCGGAGCACCCCAACCAGCAGCCGAGCCACAAGAUCCAGAUCACCAUGGGCUCCACGGAGGCGCGCCUGGACUACAUGGGCUCCAGCAUCCUCAUGGGCAUCUUCAGCAACGCCGACCUGAAGCUGCAGGACGAGUGGAAGGUCAACCUCUGCCCCUCAGAGGCCAGCCUAUCAGAGAAGAGUGAGAUCUUCGUCCAUGGCGACCUACAGUGGGACAUCUUCCAGGUGAUCAUCUCGCGCUCCACCACCCCCGACCUGAUCAAGAUCGGCAUGAAGCUGCAGGAGUUCUUCACGCAGCAGUUUGACACGAGCAAGCGCGCGCUCUCCACCUGGGGGCCCGUGCCCUACGUACCCCCCAAAACCCCCGUCAUCAGUGUCGACAAGGGGGCCACCGAAUAUCUGGACGCGGCCCAUCACAGGCACUGGCCCGGCGUGCUGAAGGUCAUCGCCGGCUGCCACAUCUCCCUCUUCCAGAUGCCCCUCCCCGAGGACGCCGUGCAGCUGGGCGGCUCCAUGAGUCUCCACGGCAACCACAUGACGCUGGCCUGCUUCCACGGGCCCAACUUCCGCUCCAAGUCCUGGGUGCUGUUCCACCUGGAGGAGCCCAACAUCGCCUUCUGGACAGAGGCCCAGAAGGUCUCGGAGGACGGGUCUGACUCAACCUACGUCGUUCAAACUCUGGACUUCCACUUGGGUCACAACACCAUGGUAACCAAGCCUUGCGGGGCUCUCGAGAGUCCCAUGGCAACCAUCACUAAGAUAACACGGCGGCGGCAUGAGAACCCUCCACAUGGUGUCGCUACGGUCAAAGAGUGGUUUAACUACGUCACUGCCAUGAGAAACGAAGAGCUGAACCUGUUACGAAAUGUGGACGCUAACAACUCCGAGAGCGGAUCGGUGGCCAAGAGCUCCAGCCUGCUGAGCAGCUUCAGAGGCUCCUCCAGCUACAACCACGAGACCGAGACCAUCUUCGCCCUUCCCAGAAUGCAGCUGGACUUCAAGUCGAUCCACGAGCAGGACCCAGAGGAACCAUCACUGACCGAUGCCAGCAGCAAGCCAAAGGUGGAGUGCAGCGUGGUCACGGAGUUCACCGACCACAUCUGCGUGACCAUGGACGCGGAGCUCAUCAUGUUCCUCCACGACCUGGUGUCGGCCUACCUGAAGGAGAAGGAGAAAGCCUUGUUUGCCCCACGGAUGGCGUCCCGGCCUGGCCAGAAGAGCCCCACGGUGUCUCAGGAUGACAAGUCUGGACACAGUGACACGGAUAAGGAGGAGGGGAUCAACUACACCACAGUGGACUGGAGAGAGUUCCUGUGCAACACCUGGCACCUGGAGCCCACGCUACGACUGAUCUCGUGGACGGGCCGUAAGAUCGACCCCGUCGGGGUGGACUACAUCCUGCAGAAGUUGGGCUUCCACCACGCCCGCACCACCAUCCCCAAGUGGCUGCAGCGCGGCGUCAUGGACCCGCUGGACAAGGUGCUGUCCGUCCUCAUCAAGAAGCUGGGCACCGCCCUGCAGGACGAGAAGGAGAAGAAGAGGGAGAAGGAGGAGCAUUAGCGAAAAGACUCCCAUACAACACAGACGCAUACAGUCUCUCUUUGUCUCUCUCUCUCUCUGGCACAUAAACCCAGAUCUGAAAACACUGGAAAUACUUUGACUACUGUACAUAUGACUGAUACACAUACACUGGAACACUGGACAUUAAUAUGAACACUAUAUACUGUGUGUGUUGUAUACAGAUACGUACAUGUAUACACUGUUCCGCACAGGUGGCUCACACACACACACACACACACACACACACACAAAACCACGCACACACUACUACUACUGCUGCACCCUGCGAGUGUGACUUAUUGUUUACUGGUGCACGUGAUCAUUGCACAGCUUCAGAGUGAAAGUUUGGUUCAGUAGGACUUUUUAUUUUGUACAUUCGGGUCAAUGGGGGGGAAAAGAAAACUAUGAUAAUGUGCUGCUUAGGAGAGGGUCUUUAACAUGGAUUACAUGUAUUUAUACAUUAACCAACAAUCAACGCAACAUAAUUGUCAAAAAUAUAUACCGCCAGCUUCUUACAUCCAUCUGGACGAGAGCCAAGAGCUUCUACAGGUUGUAUGAUGUGUCCAGUGCCUCAGUUUGAUCUUCAGGAAUUUUCAUGUUCAGUUUGAUAACUUACUCAUCCAGACAUUAGUUUUAAUUGACUGUUUCAACGUUCUAGCCGUUUUAUUUAUUGAGGAGUGGGCGUAGGACAUUCUAUCGAUGCGUCAGGCUGCAGAUGAGGUCAUCGGCUUUGACGGCUGAAGUCUUUUCGGCAAUGACAUCAUGGCACGGACGGGUCGUACUGUAGCACUCCUCAGAUCCACGCAGGUCUUGUUACCUCGUUCAGUUUUAUUGCUACAUGUUGCACCACAUCUCCCAGAUUUAGUUCUUAUAAGGCAUUCCACGUGUCCAAAUCCUUAUUUUAUUUUGGAAAUAAUACUAGUUUGACAGGAAUGUGUAUAUCAUAGACUUCAAAUCUGUAAUGAUACUGAUUGACUGCGUGAUUGCUCUUCAAAAUGUUUUUAACUUCUUAAAAGUGUACUGUGUAACCCCUGUUACACUUAUGGUGUAUUAGUGUUUUUGUUUGUUAAAUGUGCAAUAGACCAAUGUACAUAAGCUGUGAAAGCAUUAAUGUGAAUAUGUGCCGAUUUCAGAAUAAAAUCAUUGCCAUCAUGUU